AUGGGGGUGAAGUGGCAGAUGGUUAUUGAUCAGAGGAAUUAUAUACUCAAUGCUGCAUGCAAGAACAAAACAUAUUGGGGUAGCACCCAUGUUUCCAAGUCGCUCUUAGAGCACAUCGUUGUCUGGGACCGACACAAGACCUUGUUCUGCCAGACAUCUGAUGUGGGUGACAAUGAAUGGAAGAAACUCAUCGUUGGUCGAAGUGGCGCCUUUUCCGAUGUGAAUGACCAGGAGAAGGACAACCUGCGCCGCCUCUCAUCAAUGAAUUCUAAGGAAAUAAAACACAGAUUGGAAAAUUACUUCAAGUUUUUGAUCGUGAGGGACCCAUUUGAGCGUCUGAUCUCCACAUUUGAGGACAAGUUUCUGUUCAACAAACCAUCUGAGCCUUGGUACAAAUACAUUAUUGGUCCUGCCAUCAUUCGCAAAUACCGCAAAGGCUUGCCCUACCUCAAUGAUAUUGGUUUACUCUUUGAUGAAUUUGUCCGAUACCUGGGGGACUUAGAAGGCCAAAAAUCAAUAGACUGGGUGUUUGGCCAUCACAUCAUUAACUGGGCACCUUAUGUGGAAUUGUGUAUACCGUGUGACAUCCACUACGACUUCGUAGGCCACCUUGAGACACUGGAGCUAGAUGCCCCCCACAUUCUGAGCAGAGCGGGUAUUGCGCAGCAAGUGCGCUACCCAACCAUCUCUCCUGGUAUUUUACUUUACAACAAGACCAAGGUGCAGCGUUACUUCUCAGGAAUCAGCAAGUGGGACAUCAGAAGCCUGUAUGCACGUUAUCAAAGGGACUUUGAGUCAUUUGGAUACCCAGCACCUGAGUUUUUAUUUAACUGA